AUGGAGCUCUGGAAUCACACCACCGUAACGAACUUCAUCCUUUUGGGCCUGUUCAGUCACACACCAUAUGGUUUUUUCUGCUUUUCCCUGAUCCUUCUGGCCUCUAUGACUGCACUGGCUGGCAACAUCCUCUUCCUCCUCCUGAUCCAAGCUGAUGUGCGCCUACACAUUCCUAUGUACUUUUUCUUGAGUCAGCUGUCCAUCAUGGAUCUGACUAUGAUGUGCACUGUAGUGCCCAAAAUGGUAGCCAACUUUCUUUCAGGCAGUAAGAUUAUCUCUCUGGGAGCCUGUGGGGCACAGAUUUUCCUAGUGGUCAUGGUAGGAGGAGCUGAGUGCUUUCUUCUGGCAGUCAUGGCCUAUGACCGUUAUGUGGCAGUUUGCCACCCCCUGCGGUACCCUGUACUCAUGAAUUGGAAGGUCUGCAUUCUCAUGGCCAUGGCAGCCUGGAUGGGUGGGGUGACAGACAGUAUGAUUGAUGUGGGCAUGGUCUUCAGCUUUCCCUACUGCAGCUCUCAAGAGGUGGAUCAUUUCUUCUGUGAAGUCCCUGCCCUGUUGCGUCUCUCUUGUGCUGACACCUCACUCUUCGAGGACCUCAUCUAUGCUUGCUGUGUGGUCAUGCUGCUGCUUCCUCUUGGGGUCAUUGUGGCUUCUUAUGUCCGGGUUCUUAUAGCUGUGAUUAGGAUGCCUUCCACUGAGGGGAAACAGAAGGCUCUAACUACUUGCUCCUCCCACUUGGCUGUGGUGGGUCUCUAUUAUGGGGGAGCCGUAUUUAGCUAUAUGCAACGGGCUUCCUCUAGAACACCAGCUGGAGACCGAGCCACUUCCAUCUUCUAUACCAUCCUUACCCCAAUGCUUAACCCACUCAUUUACAGUCUGAGGAACAGGGAGGUAUCCAGAGCCCUGAGGAAGAUGCUAGGGAGAUAG